AACACAAUAUUUUUCUCAACAGUUAUUUUAAUCGUUGGCUUUAAAACAUCACAAUAAAGAAGAAGAAAACGACAGAAUAUUCUUCACGUUUCAAUGGGAUUAACGGCAAGUGUUGGAUAAAUAACACCACAGUUUGCAUGAGCCAUAAACCCAGUCGACCGACCCGUCAGUGUUUUAUGUUAAUACUGGUUGAGUGGCCACAAAAGACUCAGCGAAACACUAACGGCAACACAAAAACAGUUAAUCGUAUUAAUGGUCUCCUGUUAUGGCUGCGGACCGUAUAUAUCAAGCGCUUGAGUGAUGACUAUUAGCCAAACGAUAGCACAGAAUCGCACAGACUUUAGCGCCGGGUUGUUGUUUGACGACUAUUUAUGGUCUCAUGAUUUUUUCGUCAACACCACAGUCGGCGUUAAUGUGUCGCUCAUUAUAGCCAACAGCGCCGGUGUUGUGGGCAUUGGCGGCGCCGACACUAGUCAUGAGAGUAUCGCCGGUAUGGCUAUCGGCGGCGGCGUUGAGGGUCGGGUUGUGUCCGCCGACGGCCUGUUCAACGACACCGUCAACGAAGUGCACAAAGAGUUAUACAAGAAUAGCGUGUUGUUUAUCGUGUCGACGAGUAUUAUACUGACAGUACUGACCAUUUGUACGGUUUUGGGCAAUAUAUUGGUGAUCGCGGCCGUACUCCUGGAGCGCAAUCUGCGCACUCCGGCCAACUAUUUGGUCCUAUCGCUGGCUGUGGCCGACUUCUUGGUGGCGUGUCUGGUCAUGCCGUUGGGCGCCUUCUACGAGAUUCAGGGCCAGUGGACGCUCGGAGACAUGUUGUGCGAGUUCUGGACCAGUUUGGAUGUGCUCUGUUGCUCAGCCAGUAUAUUGCAUUUGUUGGCCAUCGCUGUGGACCGGUAUUGGGCGGUGACUAACAUUGAUUACAUACACCAACGAAACGCCAAACGCAUCGGUCUAUUGAUUGUGAGCAUUUGGUCGGUGGCGGCCAUUAUAGCACUGGCGCCCAAUUUCGGGUGGAAAGACGCCGACUUCAAAGACCGGAUCAGAAUCGACAAGAUUUGUAUCGUCUCUCAAAACAUCAGUUACCAGAUCUUCGCCACAGUCGCCACGUUUUACGGACCACUCAUUCUCAUACUUGUCCUCUACUGGAAGAUAUAUCAGGUGGCCAGAAAGCGGAUCCGACGAAAGCCCGGCAGCAAAAUCGAGGUAAAGACGAGUCAAUCGGAAGCGCCGAUUGUGUUAAAUUCAACCACUGAUAGAAUGGGAACUAAUUCU